UUCUUUGCUGCUGAUCGCGGGAUUCCAUUUGGGUAGGUUUGACGUUCGUGGAUAGACUCGUAUCUGUGACCAGUGUCAGCCACCGCGGAUGGCAAGAGACCUAAUCGGACCGGCCCUGCCGCCCGGCUUCAAGGCCCGUGGAACAGCGGAGGACGAAGAGCGGGACCCGAGCCCUGAUGGAGUCUCGCUCUGUCACCCAGGCUGCUGUGCAAUGGCAUGAUCUCGGCUCACUGCAACCUCCACUGCCGGGGUUCAAGCAAUUCACCUGCCUCAGCCUCCCGAGUAGCUGGGAUUACAGACGCACGCCACCACGCCCAGCUAAUUUUGUGUUUUUAGUAGAGACAGGGUUUCACCAUGUUGCCCAGGCUGGUCCCGAACUCCUGACCUCAGUUGCAGGACCAGCUCUGCCCCCUAAUUAUAAAAGCAGUAGUUCAGAUUCAUCAGACAGCGAUGAAGACAGUAGUUCUUUGUACGAAGAAGGAAAUCAAGAAUCUGAAGAAGAUGACACUGCUCCAACUGCAAGAAAACAGAGGAAAAAUCAGGAUAAGGAUGAUGAUGAUGAUGAUGAUGAUGAUGGGUUUUUUGGACCAGCCCUUCCUCCUGGAUUUAAAAAGCAGGAUGAUUCUCCUCCAAGGCCCAUAAUAGGUCCUGCAUUGCCACCUGGUUUCAUUAAAUCUACACAGAAAAGUGACAAGGGCAGAGAUGAUCCAGGACAACAGGAAACAGACAGCAGUGAAGAUGAGGAUAUUAUUGGACCGAUGCCUGCAAAAGGACCAGUUAACUAUAACGUAACAACAGAGUUUGAAAAAAGGGCUGAGAGAAUGAAAGAAAAACUGACCAAAGGAGAAGAUGAUUCAUCUAAACCCAUUGUAAGAGAGUCAUGGAUGACUGAACUUCCUCCAGAAAUGAAAGACUUUGGUCUUGGGCCAAGGACUUUUAAGAGAAGAGCUGAUGACACAUCUGGAGAUCGAUCAAUCUGGACAGAUACUCCAGCUGAUAGGGAAAGGAAAGCUAAGGAAACACAAGAAGCAAGGAAGUCAUCCGGUAAGAAAGAUGAAGAACAUAUAUUAUCAGGAAGAGAUAAGAGACUGGCUGAGCAGGUAUCUUCAUACAAUGAAUCAAAAAGAUCAGAAUCUCUUAUGGACAUACAUCAUAAAAAGUUAAAGAGUAAGGCGGCUGAAGACAAAAAUAAGCCUCAAGAGAGAAUACCAUUUGACCGUGAUAAGGAUCUGAAGGUUAAUCGGUUUGAUGAAGCUCAGAAAAAGGCCCUAAUAAAAAAAUCUAGAGAACUAAACACCAGAUUUUCACAUGGCAAAGGCAAUAUGUUUUUAUAAGGGGAUUUCCCUGUGCAAUGAAGAAAAGUUGAAGAAUACUCUUUGUCCAUCUUUAUUUCUUUGUUUUUGGCUUCUUAAGAUUAGAGAUUAUUUUAAUCUUAAAAAACAUACAGAUUUACUUUGUUCUUUGUGUCCUUUUAAGGUCAUGUGGAAACAUAAAACGAAUGUUUCUUAUGUAGAACAGAAUAUUCUAUGUGCCUUUAGCUUCUGUGGAAGUAUGGGGAAUUUUGGGCUUUUCUUCAAAUAAUUAUUUUAAGAGGCUUCCAUUCCCCCUGAUUUUUGUGGUGUCUCACAAGUACCCUCUAAGGUCUGGUCAGGACUGACUGCCAAAUCUCUACCACAGCCUGGACCUCCUCGUGAAAUAUACCUAACCUGCCCUAGAGUCAGUGUGUCAAGUCCUUCCUGUAAAUCCAUGACUUUGAAAUGUGUUGUUAUUUCCCUUUAAACUGCAGCCAGUGAAUACAAAUUUACUUGAAAAUAGAGGGUAUGGGUUUUGCCUGUUUUGUAAUCAGUUUUGUUUUAGUACUCAGGGCUUUUUAUUUGUUGUUUAAUUUUUUUAAUUGUUUUUAAGUCAGAAAGAUCUCUGGGUUAUCUCAUGUGCUAAGGAAAAACUAUUUUGGUUUUUCCAACUUUAAUAGUUAGUAUUUCUAGGGGAGGCAAUCAGGACAAGAUAUGCCAUUAACUGUUAGCAGUGUGAAAUCUGUAAGACUCAAUCUCUGUGAUCUCAACCAAAGCUUUCUGAGUCCUGGAACUUUGCUUUGGGACAAUCUUACUUUACUAUUUAUAUACUGUACUUAGCAGUUUGUAGCUAAUAUAUGGGGUCAUAACCUUUUUUUUAGCUAAUUUACGGGGGUCAUAUCAAUCAUGAAUAGCCUUUUUAAAAAAAUUAAUAAUCCCUAAAUACAAAAAUGAAAAUGGAAAAUUUAUAAUCAUAACCCUCCUAAUUGGGAGUAUUAUAAGUUUGUAAUGCUUUAAGCACUGCCUCUUACGAUGGUAAAUUUAUAAGAUGAUAACUUUUAUUUAAACUAUUAAACUAUUGUUAAAUAAAUGGCAAUUCUAUAAGUUA